UGAAUGUGUUUGUUUACAUUUCGGUGAGAAGUUGGAGGAGAGACCCGGCACUGCUGCCUCCUGAAGAUUAUUAACUCUGCAUUAAUUGGGGUUUGAGCGUACGAUGAAUUUGUAAGCCAGGGAAGUGCCAGUGAAUAACAGGAGAAACAUGGAGGGAAAUUCAGAAUCCCAGGAUCUGUUGGUACAGCAGGAACCAUCAGGUGGCAAUGUGAAUGAGGCAUCUGAUGUGUCUGAUGAUUGCCACGACAGUAGUGAACAGCUUUCCCUUAGUCCAGCUGGGUCUCCAACUGAAGCCCCACCGUCCUAUAAGCCUGAGCCACAAGUGCCUGAUAUCCCCUCAUCAUCCGUCACACACGAUGCCGCCAUCGACAACUGUACAUACAACGAUACCCCAGAAAGAGAAUACUGUGAUACCAACAAUGAAGUAGGAGACAGUUAUGGUGAUGGAGAAUGUGCCACAUCCACUAAUUAUGGUUCACGUGUGGGCCAUAGUCGCGGUGCUAGCCAAGUUUCUUCUUGUGAGCCAUCAGUUUGCCGUAUGUCAGGUCGUGAUUUGUGCCAUAGCAGAGGAGCCAGCACAGAUGGUUCAACUAUGGAGGCUUACCCUUAUUCUGCUUCUGAAAGCCGACGGGGCACCUACAGUGAAGCAGGAACACUGCCUAUUGGGUCAACAAUCAUUGAAGAAAAUAUGCAAGGCUGGGAUCGCGAAUCAGAGAAAAAGCUGUCAGAUAGUGAAGAAGUAGGAACAACUUAUUCAAGGAAACUGGUAUCCUUCUGUGAUUGCUGUCAGUCAGUUCUGCGCAGCCAACAUCAACUGAGAGAACAUCCAACAGCAUUGGAAUUGAUAAAAUAUGCCUUCACUUGCCCACCACACGGAAAGGUUGGAGAUUGCCUACUAUGGCUGUUAAUUGGCUUUGCCUUCUGGGGCUGCCUGGUCUCCAUCACUGGUGAAGAGGCUCUUCCGGGUGGGAACUUUUUCAGCCUCAUUGUCCUGUAUGUGUUUGCAAUGCUGGCUGGUGAUGCUGUUAAACAUAUUGGCCUUCCCUCCCUGCUGGGGAGUCUGGUGGUGGGCAUACUGUUCAGCAGUAUACCUGGCAUUAAUGUUAUUGGGAGUAAUUUAGAUCAUUCAUGGUCUGCUGCCUUGAGAAAAAUUGCUCUGGUGAUCAUUUUGAUAAGGGCUGGACUUGGCUUGGAUCCAGUUGCCUUAAGAAAGUUAAGCUGCAUAGUUCUGAGACUGGCUUUCAUGCCAUGUAUGGUGGAGGCCUUGACUAUGGGUGUUGUUUCUAAGUUUUUACUUGACCUUCCAUGGAGCUGGAGUUUGAUGCUUGGUUUUGUGGUGGCGGCUGUGUCUCCAGCCGUAGUUGUACCAUGUUUGCUGAAACUGGGUGAGGAUGGAUAUGGUGUAGAAAAAGGAAUUCCAACCCUUGUUAUUGCAGCAGCAAGUAUGGAUGAUGUGCUGGCAAUCACAGGUUUCAGUGUUAUGAUGGGAUUAACAUUUGCCAAGGGUUCAACAACAUGGACAGUGUUGAAAGGGCCAUUUGAAAUAUUCACAGGAAUAGUAUAUGGCAUUGUAUUUGGUAUUGUAUGUUGGUAUCUGCCAUAUAGAGAAAAGAAGAACAGGGCAAUCUAUAAAUUGCUAAUGCUCUUUGGUCUUGGUGGUCUUGCCAUGUUUGGGAGUCACAAGGUGGGACUGGAGAGCUCAGGAGCAAUUGCUGUGUUGACAGUAGCCUUUGUUGCUGGUUUAGGGUGGCGUAAACCAGGAAAUGAGGAUGCUGCUGUUGGCAAAUAUUAUCGCUUCUUAUGGGAGAUCUUCCAGCCAAUGCUUUUUUGCUUGAUUGGCGCAGAGAUUGAUGUCAUGGCCAUAGAGCCAAGCACCGUAGGAUGGGGUUUACUUGCACUGAUAGUCGGACUAACUCUAAGAGUUGCUACCUCAUUCGUUGUUGUGAUGGGUGCCUCGUUUACUGUGUGGGAGAGAUUAUUUAUUGCUAUUGCUUGGCUUCCAAAGGCCACUGUGCAGGCUGCCAUUGGGUCUUUAGCCUUAGAUUACGUCCAGGGGUCUGAUAGUGAACCUGACUCAGAGGAUAUUCAGCGUGGGGUGAAGGUUGUUACUAUUGCAGUAAUGGUGAUUUUGGUGACUGCUCCUCUAGGGGCAGCUGCAAUCAAACUGACGGGGCCCAAGUUCCUUGCUAGAAAACCCUCUUCCAACUCGCAGCAAGACUCAGAAACUACAGUUUAGACCGAUUGUUAUCCCUUUUUCAGAUAUAUCUUCCUGUUGUUUUUUGUAGGGUUUGAACUCUAUUCUGCUUUCAAGAACAUGCAAACUACUAGAAAUAGUUAAAGAGGUUUCUUAUAUUUAUAGAGAAUGUCAAUUUGAAGUAUUUUUAUGAUGUUUUACAUAUUACUUCACAUGUAUAUUGGAAUUCGAUAGGAAGAUUUAAUACAGCAGCUUUUAAGCUACACCCAAUUUAUUAUUUUUUUCUUAUUUAGUUGACCAGUUGCAGCAGUUCAUUAUUACUGAGACCAAUAUUUUUGUGAUAUUAUUUUUAAUUUAAAAUUGCAAGCUUUUAAAAAGCAAAAGCACUUCAUUAGCCAUGUGCAUUCAAAAAUAAGUAAACAAAAAAUUCAUGGGGUCAUGUGUGCAUCAUCCCAGCACAUAAUUCUUAUCAGCCAAGGUCAUAAAGUCAAACAUGAAAAGUAUUUGUGUCACACUUAUAUUCCAGCCUUUAAAGGAGAACAUCAAGGACUGGUGAUUCUUAAAGAACUCUCUUGGUUUUGUAAACACUAGUUUCUUAAUCUGUUCCCUUCUCAGAGUCAGCAGUCCCUCAAACCUGCUUAAGUUUAGGCACCGAGGGAACUCAUUCAUAUUUGGCUGGAUCACAGUUAAUUUUUUUGUCCAGUUUGUGAAAUAAAGUGGCGGUGUCUAUUAAAAUUGUGAUGAUAAUAGUGCACUUGAAAAUCAUGUGGAUUGUGUUGCAUGAGUUUAGUUAUUUUCUCUGUUUUUGUGCUCUUGUCUAAAUGAAAAUUUAUAUUUUUAUGUAUUUUAUUAUUAUUAUUAUUUUUUUAUGUAUAGCUUAAAUAGCAAGGAUCAUGUUUUUUGAGGGGGGUGUUAAAGAAACAGUUCUAAGUGCCACUCGAUAUAUGAUACAUUCCAAAGCUGUGUUUUUCAUUUCCAUAAACAAACCUGUGGGAUGUAAGGAAUGACAAAGAAGAUUAGAAAAUAUUUAGACAUUGGGAUAAUUUACGGAGAUGUGCAGACUGCUGAACGAAAGUGAUCUGAAUACUUUGACUUUAUAUACAAAUUUAUGUAGAAUUGUUACAUAAUAUUUUAAUGAUUUUAUUCCCAUUAUGUUUCUCUGAUUUCUUGUUUUAAUCAAGUACAGUUAUUACCUGCAAUAAUAUGUACUUUUAGAAAAUAUAAAAUUUGGAGGGUGUGUUCACAAGGAAUUUUACAAUUAACACAUAUGACAGAUUCUUUACCCGAGUGCUUAAAGAGAUGAAGUUUUGAAUAAUGAAGUGGUUUGGGUUGCGUAUAGGUAGUUGGGAUUGGUUAUGCUGAAUUUAUUUCUUGUGAUAGAAAAGUAAAUUGACAUUGCAUAGGGAUAAAUGUCAGAGUAUGACCUAGUCACAAAUUGAUAUUUCACAAAAUAUAUGAUUGUGUGCGUGUGUGUGUGCGUGUGUGUGUGCAUGUGCAUGUACAUGUGAGUAUGCGUGUGCGUGUGUGUGUGCA